GCCAGAGAAAAGCCGCCCUCUCCCUGUACACAGGCGGAUGACCCUCUUCCUAUUUCCUGGUGUGUCCCCCGUGCAGUGCGGGGCCCGAGGAGUCUUUGUGGGUCCGAAUCUCACCCAUCCCCCCCCUUCCGACCGGAUCUAUCACCCGGACAGACGAGGAGUCGGGGCUCCCCCCGCAAGAUCACCCCUCCCCCAUCACAGCCCGAUCCGGCGCCUGGUUAUGAGCUUCAGAGACUCAGCGCUGCAGUUUUUCCUGGACUGUGCGGAGAGCGACGGAAGUGGGCGGGAUCAGGAGCUUCUCGCUUUCCUCCCACUCAGAUCUGGCUCCACCCCCAGCAGCCCGAUGAAGAUCAAAGAGCUCUACCGGAGGCGAUACCCGCGGAAGAUCCUGAACAGCGGGGACCUGACCAUGCUGCACGUGCAGAGCGGAGCCCUGCCCAACACCGCCGCGCUGGCGCAAGGGUCCCUGUGCCACCUGAGCUACGACAACGGCGCCAUGGCGACCGGCGUCCCCUCCUCCAUGCUGCCGCCUCUGCCCAUGCUGAGCCCGAAACAAGAGCCGGACGUCCAACACCUCUCCCCGCCCAUCCUCCCCGUCCACCCCGACGUCAAGAUGAAGAGGCUCCCCUUCUACGACGUGUAUGAUGAGCUCGUCAAGCCCACCACACUCGCUUCAACCAACACCCAGCGGUUUGAAGAGGCCCAUUUCAGCUUCGCAUUGACCCCCCAGCAGGUCCAUCAGAUCCUCACUUCCAGGGAUAUAUUGCCGGGAGCAAAAUGUGAUUACACAGUACAGGUUCAGCUCAGGUUCUGUCUUUGUGAGACCAGCUGCCCCCAGGAGGACUAUUUCCCCCCCAACCUGUUUGUGAAGGUGAACGGCAAGCUUUGCCCGCUGCCGGGUUACCUUCCCCCCACCAAGAACGGCGUCGAGCCCAAACGGCCGAGUAGACCCAUCAACAUCUCGCCGCUGAUCCGCCUCUCCUCCACCGCGGCCAACAGCAUCGUGGUCAACUGGUCCUCCGAGUUCGGCAGGAAUUACUCCCUCUCCGUGUAUCUGGUAAAGCAGCUGACGUCGGUCACUUUGCUGCAAAAACUGCGGGCCAAAGGCAUCCGGAACCCGGACCACUCCAGAGCGCUGAUAAAAGAAAAACUGACAGCCGAUCCUGACAGCGAAAUCGCCACGACCAGCCUGAGGGUGUCUCUGAUGUGUCCGCUGGGUAAGAUGCGUCUGACGGUUCCCUGCCGGGCGAUCACCUGCACACACCUCCAGUGCUUCGACGCCGCGCUGUACCUGCAGAUGAACGAGAAGAAGCCGACCUGGACCUGUCCCGUCUGCGACAAGAAGGCGCCGUACGACACGUUGAUCAUCGAUGGCCUCUUCAUGGAGAUCCUGAACAACUGUACGGACUGCGACGAGAUCCAGUUCAUGGAGGACGGUUCCUGGUGUCCCAUGAAACCCAAGAAGGAGAAGCAGGAUCUAUGUCAGACGCAGACUUACGGCACCAUCGACACCGGCGCGCUCUACAGCCUCAGCCCCGACUUCAAGCUCAACGCCGAGAGCAUGAAAAGGGUGGAGGUCAUUGACCUGACCCUGGACAGCUCGUCCGAUGAAGACGAACCCCCAGCCAAGAGGACCUGUCCCAUCACCUCCACCAUCAUGCCUUCCAUGGGGUCCAAAGGGGUGAUCAGCCUCGACCAUCAAACAUCUUCCGUGUUGAGAAGCCCUCCCUUGACGACUAUAGGCAGCGAUUACCUGUCGAGUCUUCCCAUCCCAGACUACCAUCGGACUUUCCCAGUACCAAGUGAACUUCAGGGACUCGACCUCUUCUCGUUCCUUCAGACCACUGAUAAUCAGCACUACAGCCCCUCAGUCAUCACUUCCUUGGACGAACAAGACACCCUCAGCCACUUCUUCCAGUACCGUCCCACGCCGUCGCAUUAUAUGAGCCCCCUGACCCAGGCCAUAACGGCCUCCCACACCACCAGCAGCAGCGCCAGCCGGAUCAGCAGCAUCGUGUCCACCAGUACGUUACGGGAAAGCCACACCCACAGCGCCUCACAAAACCCCUCCUCCACGUUACCAGGGUGCCGACCAGACAUUAUAUCCCUGGACUGAGCGGACGCUUCUCGCUCGGCGACCGGCUCACCAAGCCUGGCGGACGUAUUCCUAUUCCCGGAAUCCUCCUCGGGACCGGACGCCGCAUUAUCAUCAACCAAGACAGACGCAGGAAAAUACCGCCAUGGAGUGACUUUUUAAAUCGGUUUUUAGUAUUACGAUGUCUCCUCUGUAGCCACGUGGCGGCGGCUAUGGGCGGUCAUAUCAUAGUUUUAUAUCAGGCCAUUUCUUUAGCCCCAAAUUACCUGAAGGGUUGGAAAAUGUUGGGUACGAUUGGCCGAUCCGUUUUGACUUUUCAGCCCGUUGGUACAACCAAUCAAUCCGGAUUAAUGCUCAAAUUACAUUGUAUCUUUUUAUUUUUUUAUUUUAAGGUUACAGAAAUAUGUGGGUGGAGUCUGACCUCUCUAUGGCCGGAUUAUUCUGUUGUCGCAUUAACGGUCGGCCAUGGAGGCGUUUAGGAAGCUCCUCCUGUGCGUUCGAUUCCCCCAGAGGGCACUAUAUCAUCUCUCAUAUCCCACCUCGAAAUUGAAAAUCCCUUCCCGCCCUUUUAGAGGAUUCCAAACGCCCAAGGCGGGGGUUGAAACGUUUGUGGGGUGAGUCGGUCCUUAGAAAUACAAAUCGCAUUAACGUUCGGCCCUGUAGGAAAUGUCUUCUGAGCGUUCGGGCCCCCAGAGGACGCUAUAUCAUCUCACACAUCCCAGCUGGAAAUUAAAGAUCCUUACCCCUCUUCUUGCCCACCGCGGCAUCCUUUUUAAAAGGUUCCAAACGCCCAAGGGGGGGUAAAAAGGUUUAGCGAUCAUGUGACCACUCUGGCUGCCACAGGGGUCACAUGACCGUUAGCUGGCCGUCUUUGAUAACUUUGGGCUUUAGAUUUUGCUCCGCCCCGACUGCACCUACUUCUGGGCUUGGUUCUAGACUAAACCCAGGAGUGGGUGAAACACGUUUUGUGGGUGGAAAGGUUUGGCGAUCAUGUGACCACUGUGAUUGGCUGUCACCGUGGUCACAUGACCGGUAGCUGGCUGUCUUUGAUAACUCAGGCGUCAGAUUUUCCUCCGCACCUACUUUGCCUACUUCUGCGCUUGGUUCUAGACUAAGCCAGGAUUGGGUGAAAUGCGUUUUGGGGGGGGUGGAAAGGUUUGGCGAUCAUGUGACCAGUGAUUGGCUGCCAGAUGAUCGGGAGCUGGCUUUCUUUGAUAACUCGGGCUUCAGCUUUACCUUUGCCCAGACCGCACCUCUUUACCCACUUCUAGGCUAGGUUCUAGAAGAAGCCCAGGAGUGGGUGAAACACGUUAUUGGGUCUGAAUUGGGCACAUGUAUUGUCAUUAAAGCCCAUCCCUUGUCCUGCGGCAACAGGUUGGCAAAGAUCAGAAAAAGUAAUUUCGAUGACCGAGGCUCCCCCCCCCCCGUAGCCACAGCAAUGCGUUAAUUAGAAAUGGGAAGAUGGAGCGCAAAUGCUUCCCCCUCCUCAACACGGAACCCUCUCCAUUCUCCAAGGUUGUCCCCACCUUCCUCCUCGGUCCAGCUCUGGCGGUCCUGACUCAUCCCGGGCCUUCAGGAGGCUCAUCGGUACGCAGGCUGGGCUCACAGUACUGAGUGAGGCCCACCCAACCCCAUCGCCCCCCUUUGGCGGAGGAGUAGAAAACUGUCAUGAUGUAGGUACAUAUAGGAUUUUUUUAUUUUAUUUUUUUAAACUGAAACUGCCUAUUGGGUCCUCAGGGAAUGGAUGGUAAGGAGAUCCUAUAUAAAGAGUGCUCUGGCUUGGUGCAUUGACUUGGGUCAAACCACCUUCAUUCAUGUAUGAAGAGACCUCAUGGGAGGGGCUUUGCACAUAAUCCUGCAUGAAGAAACCUCAUGGGAAGGGGGCUUAGGGCAACCCCCCCUGGAGAGAAUCAUGAAUGAAAAGACCUCAUGGGAAGGGCUUUGGAAAAAAAACUGAGGAGAGAAUCAUGCAUGGAUACUUAAAGGAGGGGGGGGGGGGUGGACUAAACUGAGGAGAAAAUUAUGCAUGAUAAGACCUCUUGAUAAGGGCUUUGGACACAAUUCAUGAGAGAAUCAUGCAUUAAAAGACCUUAUGGGAAGGGCUUUAGACUAAAUUUAGUAGAGAAUCAUAGAGAGACCUCAUGGGAGGGGCUUUAGACUAAAUGUAGGCGAGAAUCAUGAAGACAUUUUAUGGGAGGGGCUUUAGACUAAAUUUAGGAGAAUCAUGCAUGAAUAGACCUCAUGGGAGGGGCUUUGGACUAAAUUUAGGCAAGAAUCGUGAAGAGACCUCAUGGGAGGGGCUUUAGACUAAAUUUAGGAGAGAAUCAUGCAUGAAAAUAACUCAUCGGAGGGGCUUUGGACAAACGGCCUGGAGAGAAUCAUGCAUGAAAAGACCUCAUGGGAAGGGCUUUGGAAAAAAACUGAGGAGAGAAUCAUGCAUGGAUACAUAGGGGGGGGGGGGGGGGUGGACUAAACUGAGGAGAGAAUUAUGCAUGAAAAGACCUCUUGAUAAGGGCUUUGGACACAAUUCAGGAGAGAAUCAUGCGUUAAAAGACCUUAUGGGAAGGGCUUUAGACUAAAUUUAGUAGAUAAUCAUAGAGACCUCAUGGGAGGGGCUUUAGACUAAAUUUAGUAGAGAAUCAGAGAAACCUCAAGGAAAGGGGCUUUGGACUAAAUGUAGGCGAGAAUCAUGAAGAGAUUUUAUGGGAGGGGCUUUAGACUAAAUUUAGGAGAUAAUCAUGCAUGAAUAGACCUCAUGGGAGGGGCUUUGGACUAAAUUUAGGCAAGAAUCGUGAAGAGACCUCAUGGGAGGGGCUUUAGACAAAAAUCAGGUGAGAAGCAGGACCCAGUCCUGGAACAGUUUUAUCUAGCACCCAGGGCUGUUAAUGCAUGCCUUAGAAUGGGUUUACAGCCCUGUGUCUAUUCUCUGUCCCCUUGCUCUGAUGUGCCCAGGGCAACUGCCCCCACCCCCCUCGUAGGACCGCAGCAAUAGUUGAUAGUCCCUUUGCCUAUUUCAUUCAGUUUAUUAUGGUAAAACAAACAGUGGUUCUAAAGGAUCCCCUUGAGGCCCGAAUUGUUUUUAUUUUUUUCCUUUCAUUCAUUGAAAGCCAUACUUCAUGACAGAUGGGUUUGAUGUCGCCACCUACAGGAGCAGGACCAUAUGGAGUCACCAGUACAUUGAGCCCCCGAAAUGU